AUGAAUACCAUUCCCAGCGACGAGGCGAAGACUGCCAGUCAGGCUCCAGGUUCGAGCCCGCCCGGCAUCGGGCCACAAGACUGUCCAACCUGUGUCAGAAGACGAAUCCGCUGCGAUCGAUCACUUCCCAAAUGCUUCAAAUGCUCGAAGAAAGGAUUAGUUUGCCCCGGUUAUGGCCCUCGACUGAGGUGGGCCAAUGGUAUCGCCGUUCGUGGACACCUCAAAGGCCGCACCACACCCCAUAUCGACAAACCGCUGUCUAAACCCAGCAGCACUGCUUCCAAGGACUCAAGUUCUCCCAAUUCGGUCAAAUCCCCGGAACAGAACAGCAACCUCCGACCUGCCCCGUUUACGGACCCUUUAGAGACCACGUUUCCCGGCUUCCCAAACCCGGCCAUCAGGGCGCGACUCCUGGAUCACUAUGACAAACAGAUUGCGGGCUUGAUGGUGUGGAUAGACUCCGAGAGGAACGAAUACCGCCGGCUGGUCCUUCCCUUAGCCGAUCAGCAACCCGUGCUUCUCCUCGCCAUUCUGGCUAUCUCUGCCCAGCACCUUGCUGUCACCACGGGCAAGGAAUUGAGCUUUCCCGCUCGCGCCCGUGAUGCUGCCGUCAACAUGAUAUCAACACAGAUUCGGCAGGUGACCGGCCAGAUGGACGCAGGGUCUGACCUGGGCAGUCAAAUAGACCCAGAUACCGCAGUGUGGAUGCUCGCCUCAAUGCUCACUCUGGCUAACUAUGAAAUGACAGAGACAGAGACUGGCGCGGCGGCAGCAGACUCGCACCGCCAAGCUGCAAGAACGUUGGUGAACCUCCUCGCGACCACAAACCGGGAGAACAGCCCUCUUUUUCACUUUCUCCGUAACCAGCUUUCCAUAUAUGACAUCUUGGCCUGCACCACGAUUUUCGGACCUCUGAGCACUGUGGAGGUAAUCCUUCCGGCCCCCGAACAUUCGAAUUUGAUCUUUUCCGAAUUCCUAUCUCUCUUGCACAGAGUAACAGUAUGGUCACGCGAACAGCAUGAAAGGAAGGCAUCUGGAGAGUUCAACCUUGCCGAUCUCCCAAUCACCUCUGCUGAUGCACGCGCCGGUUUCGAGCAGGCCCGAGGGUCUACUCUAAUGGCAGCCGGUGUCCUCGAACUACCACGAGACGCCAGGCGUCGGGAUUUUAUACGAAUCGUCGAUAUAUACCACCAUGCCGCACUCCUGUACACUUACCGAGUCCUCUUCCAUUGCCAAGUGGAACCGGUUGAGGUCGACACCUCCACUAUGGUCUUGUUUGAGCGUUUGAAUCAGCUCGAGGACAAGUCGUCAUGCCGGCAAAACUUGCCAUGGCCCGUUUUUAUUGCAGGCACCGAAUGCUGCGAGGAUCCCGAGCGCCAGGCGUUUGUAGCAAGAAUGUACGCAGACAUCGCUCAAGAUAUGGGGUUCAAGUACUACCUCGGGAUCCUUCACUUUUUGCAAGAUCUGUGGUCAAGCAAGGGCACCACUUGGACCGAGUUGGCACGACAAUACGAAGCAAGCGGGAAAAAAAUCGUUGCUGUUUGA